AUGCACAAGGUUCUCCGAAUUGGUGUUGAUGUCGGCGGUACCAACACCGAUGGAGUCAUUCUAGAUCCUACCAAAGCAUCAGAGCCUGGCAAGGGCGUUGUCGCAUGGCACAAAGCACCUACGACCACAAAUCCAAGCUUAGGAAUCAGCAAUGCCCUGACUUCUAUGUUUGCGCAAGCCAAGAUCAACCCGUCGGAUGUCGCCUCUGUGACAAUUGGAACUACACACUUUGUCAACGCAGUGGUAGAAAGGGAUGCUGCGAGACUUGCUCGAGUCGCAGUGAUUCGUCUUUGUGGACCUUUCGGCAAACAUGCCUUACCUUGUAUAGAUUGGCCAGCCGAUAUGGAAGAUCUGAUUCUAGGACACUAUGCCUUAGUCAAGGGAGGUCUUGAAGUGGAUGGCAACUUGAUUGGCGAAAUCAGUCCCAAGGAGAUCAGAGAACAAUGCAACAUCAUCAGACAGAAAGGCAUCACAAGCAUUGUGGUCAUCGGAGUCUUCAGUCCGAUUGAUUCAACCCAUCGUCAAGAAGAGAGAGCCGCGCAGAUCAUCAACGAAGUGUUACCUGGAUGCAAUGUCGUACUCUCGAAGGAGGUUGCAAAUCUUGGAUUUUUGGAGCGUGAGAAUGCUGCAAUCUUGAACGCUUCGAUCCUACCUUUCGCGAAGAAGACGAUCCGCUCUUUUCAGGAGCCCAUCAAACGACUGGGUCUGACCUGCCCCGUAUUUCUCAGUCAGAACGAUGGAACAAUCUUGAGUGGCGAGAUGGCCUCCCGAUUACCCAUCAGAACUUUCUCCAGUGGACCCACGAACAGUAUGAGAGGUGCUGCUUAUCUGGCUCAAGGCCAAGAUAAAGAAGCCAUGAUGGUGGUCGAUAUCGGCGGAACCACUACUGACGUUGGCUUACUACUUGCGAAUGGCUUUCCCAGGCAAGCAGCAGCAUACUCGGAGUUUGCUGGCGUUCGCAUGAACUUUUCGUGUCCGGAUGUUAGAAGCAUCGGUCUUGGAGGCGGAUCGAUCGUGCGAGAGCAUGAUGGAGAAAUUACAGUCGGCCCUGACAGCGUGGGUUCCAAAAUUCAAACGGAGGCUCUUGUGUUCAAUGGCACUGUUGCUACGACCACUGACUACACUGUCGCAGGAGACGAGAGUAUCAACAUUGGCGAUCGCAGCAAGGUGCAACACUUGUCGCCGAAUGGUAUCUCUUCAUUCAAAGCCAAAGUAAAGACAAUGCUAGAAAAGGUUAUCGACACCAUGAAGACAUCACCAGAAGAUCUGCCUGUGUUGUUGGUGGGUGGCGGAGCCGUUAUAGCACCUGAUGAGUUGCUCGGCGCAAGUUGUGUCAUCAAACCAGAAUACUCUGGAGUAGCCAAUGCGAUCGGUGCCGCGAUUGCAAGAGUCAGCGCUGUAAUUGACACAGUCAAGUCCACUGACACAAAAAGUAUUGCCGAUCUAGUGGAACAGAUCUCGAAAGAAGCCAUACAGAAAGCUGUCGAGUCCGGAGCAGCACGAGACUCCGUCAAGAUUGUCGAGGUUGAAACACUACCGUUACCAUAUAUUUCAAACAAGAGCAGAUUCAUCAUCAGGUCAGCGGGAGAGUUUGAUUACAACCGCGCUGAUGAGAUGAAAGCAGCCACAGAAGAACAACUCGCAGAUGAAAAUGACAUGGACGCCUACGAGAAGAAUGGCAACAAAAAGCAAAACCACACCAAUGGGACCAAGAACCAUGCUACGCCUAAACCUGUUGACAUAGUGACGUACAGACCCAAAGUCAUAGACCGCGUCUGGUAUGUCUCCGAAACGGACCUUGACUGGAUGUCGAUUGGUUGCUACAUCCUGGGUACUGGCGGCGGCGGUAGCCCUUAUUCCCACAUGCUUCGUAUGCGAGAUAUAUUACGGGAUGGAGGAACCAUUAGAGUGAUCAAUCCUCACGACCUAAAAGACGACGACCAAGUCGGCUGUGGUGGAGGAUCUGGCUCGCCUACAGUGGGCAUUGAGAAACUUCCUGGCGAUGAGAUGAUGGAUGCUCAACGAAGUCUAUAUGAGAUGUGCGACAGAAAAGCCACUGCAAUGAUUGCCCUUGAAAUUGGUGGUGGCAAUGGACUGCAAGGCAUGAUUUUGGGAGCAAGCUCCAAUAUGAAUCUACCCACCGUCGAUGGCGAUUGGAUGGGCAGAGCAUAUCCAACGAAAUGGCAAACAACACCCGUUGUCUUUAACGAACGCCCUUGCGUCUUCUGCCCAAUUACCGCAGCAGAUGGUAAUGGUAACUUGCUGUACAUGCCGACUGCCGUAUCUGAUUUAGCCGUGGAGCGCAUCAUCAGGGCUGCUCUCUCACAAAUGGGCUCGCAUGUUGGUUGCGCAGAAGGUCCAGUCACAGGAGCCGAAGCCAAACGCUGGGCUGUAGAACACACGAUCUCGCUAGCCUGGCGUAUUGGACGAGCAGUUGCAGCAGCCCGCCAAAAUAGCCGUAUCGACACAGUAGCCGAAAGCAUCAUCGAUGAAGUCGGUGGUCCGGAAGCUGCAAAGGUAAUCUUCAAGGGAAAAAUUAUUGGCGUAGACCGAACAUUGCGCAAUGGUCACGUCUACGGCGAAGUUAUCAUCGAGGCCAGUGAGACCUCAUCCUCGCCACAGGUAGCUGGCUUUGAAGGCCGCAUCAAGAUCCCAUUCAAGAAUGAGAACAUCGCUGCAUUCAAGAUCAAGGAUGAUGGUACCGAAGAAGUGCUAGCUGUGGUACCGGAUUUGAUAUCUGUGAUCGAUGCACAAUCCGGCGAAGCUAUUGGUACGCCUGAGUAUCGUUAUGGCCUGUUGGUCACUGUCAUUGGUAUUACUGCUAGCGACAAGUGGACCUCAACUCCUCGAGGCAUCGAGAUUGGAGGACCUGCGGCAUUCGGACUGACAGAUAUCGAGUACAAGCCCCUUGGGAAGUUUGUCAAGCCUGUCAGUGUUAUUGACGAGUACUCGAAUUGA